AUGCGCCCACUCGAGCUUACUGUUAUUACUUUCUUGGUUGUGACACUCUUCGUCACAAGCAGCAGUGCUGCAAGAAACUGCGGGACGAACGAAGUUUAUGAUUCGUGCGUGAACCCAAACUGCUACGGCACAUGCGGGAACCUCUAUCCAUCCUGCCCCAGAAUUUGCGGUAAAGGUGGCUGCAGGUGUCAACAAGGUUAUGUUCGUAAAAGUAAAGGAGGCCCAUGUGUACAUUGGUCUCAGUGCUGA